CCGAGCCGGUCUGCGCAUGCGUGACAGACAUGUGGAAGAAACGUAAAUAGUAGAAACAGGAGGGAUUUUGACUCGUUUAAGCAUUGCAGACAUGUACAGACGAAUAAUCCUGUGUUUCCGCGGUCAGGACACUUUAAACCCAUUACAAAGAGGAACGCGUUGUUUAAUGCGUCGAUACGUGACAAGCGUCAGAUCAGAGGAUGAUAUAAAGAAGUUCAUUAUAGACAAUACAGAAAUAGUGAGCUCCCAAAGCUUGACCCCAGAGAUUUCGUUAAGACUCUUCACCCCCACCUGCCGGUUCUGGACGGAGAAACCUGAAUUAUGGCCUUUCCCUGAUCCUUACUGGGCAAUAUAUUGGCCCGGUGGACAGGCGCUGGCUAGGUAUCUGUUGAAUAACCCCGAGGUGUCUGGAGGCAGAAAGGUGCUGGAUCUCGGCUGUGGUUGUGGAGCAUCAGCCAUUGCUGCCAAACUCACUGGAGCUUCCCAUGUUGUCGCCAAUGACACUGAUCCAAUUGCUGCCGUUGCCACAAAAGUGAACUGUGAACUGAACAAUCUGGAGCCAUUACCUUGUGUGACAGACAACAUGAUCGGCUCAAAACCUGAUGACUGGGACCUCAUUCUUCUCGGAGACAUGUUCUAUGAUGAAGAUCUGGCUGAUCGUCUGCAUAAGUGGCUCCAGACAUGCAUAACCACACACGGAGCACAAGUGCUUAUUGGUGACCCGGGACGGGCUCAGUUUGAAAGCCAUGACAUCAGAAAAUUAUUACAUAAACUGGCUCACUUUGAGCUGCCCGACUCGGUCAAAGAGGAGAACUACGGACUAACAAAUAGCACAGUGUGGUGCUACAACUACAAACCUGAUCUAUAACAGCCAAAGCAUUCAUGCGCAAGUAUAGUAUGGAUGUCAAUAAAACAUCCAUCAUAUCUAUCUAUAUAUAAUUGAUGCUGUUUACUGGAAGCUGUUGAUGUUCAGUGAAACCUAUUCUAGAGCAGAUUACUGUUAUUUCAUACAUAUAUUUUUAUUUAUCAUGUGUUAUAGUACAGUUGAAGUGUUGAAAAUGAAAGGUAGGUAAACAAAACAAUUUUACAUAAAUAUAUUCUUAAAUAUUAAAUAACAUUACAAUGCAAACGAUGUACAAUUUUUAGCAUUUUUUCCAUUAAACAGUGACAAUUAGUUUAAUUGAU